GAAACUAUCUAUCAAAAGUGUUCCAAAAUGAGUUUUGAAGAAGUGGUUCCUUCGGAUCUAUUUCCAAUUAAGGAUGUCAAUCGCAGAAAAGUACAAGAGGCUGCAAGGUUUGCAGUGGAAUGGAAAAACAAGGGUGGACAUCGUUUGAUUUACAAGCGUGUGGUGAACGGUUUGUCUGAUAAUACCGACAGCCACGCACAUCAUCAAUAUUAUAUUCUUGUGAUAGAAGCUAUAAAUGACGAUGGUAUUCCAUGGUCAUAUAUUGCAAAGGUGAAGCACUUUGGAGGUAACGGAAAAGAGCCCCAUGUCUUUUCAGUUGAAGAUGUCCUCAAGGAUUACAAGAAGCAUUAAAUUGCUCUCUAACUCUCUACACUAAGCCCUCUCUCUCUACAAUAAAUGAGGGCGUUACUGUGUUUUAACUAUGAAAAUGGUAUAGAGCCACAAUAAAAUAAUAAUAUACUCAUCUAUCUAUAUA